CUGCGGCAGGCGGCCAUCGACCGCUUCAGCCGGGCCGAGGGCGACCGCUUCGUCUUCCUGCUCUGCACCCGGGCCGGGGGCCUGGGCAUCAACCUGACGGCCGCCGACACCUGCAUCAUCUUCGACUCCGACUGGAACCCCCAGAACGACCUCCAGGCCCAGGCCCGCUGCCACCGGAUUGGCCAGAGCAAGGCCGUGAAGGUCUACCGGCUGAUCACCCGCAACUCCUACGAGCGCGAGAUGUUCGACAAGGCCAGCCUGAAGCUGGGCCUGGACAAGGCUGUGCUGCAGUCCAUGAGCGGCAGGGAGGCCUCCAUCCCCGGGAUCCAGCAGUUCUCCAAGAAGGAGAUCGAGGACCUGCUGAGGAAGGGAGCCUACGCUGCCAUCAUGGAGGAGGACGAUGAAGGCUCCAAGUUCUGCGAGGAGGACAUCGACCAGAUCCUCCUCAGGAGGACCACCACCAUCACCAUCGAGAGCCAGGGCAAGGGCUCCACCUUUGCCAAG